UUUUUUUGUAGAAUAAUUUUGUUUGAUAAAGAUGAAUAUAUUAUUUUUCAGGUACUUUGUACUUGAGUACUAUCCUUCUGACUUGGAUCGAGUUAUUAAACUUAAACGUCAGAAAAUAUUUACAGAAGAACAACGUCAGAAAACAUUUACAGAAGAACAAAUUAAAAGAAUAAUUGGUUCACUUCUUCGUGGUCUUAAGGAUUUAAAGCCAUCAAAUAUUGGAAUCGAUGGCAAUACCAAUGUUGCAAUUCUUGAUUUUGGCUUAUCUCGUGCUUUAUCGAACGGUAUUCAAACUGGUUAUGUUGCUACGAGAUGGUGGCGUGCACCAGAAGUAUAUGUUAAUUGGGGACGUUAUAAUGAUAGACUUGAUAUAUGGUCAGUUGGUUGUAUAAUGGCAGAAUUAAUCCUACUUAGCCCUAUUUUUCGUGGAACAGAUGAUGUUGAUCAAUUAAAUAAAAUAUUUGAUAUUAUUGGUACACCCGACUUGGAUACAUUAAAAGCAACAUGUACUCAAGAAGAAAUAAAUUAUAUUGGUGGAUUCCAACCUCGGACAAAAAUCGAUUUUAAUCAGAAGUUUGGUUUGAAAUACCAGCCAGCAGAAGCAGAUCCAAUAUCUGAUGUUUCACCACUAGCUAUUGAAUUACUUGAUCGUCUCCUAACUUUUGAUCCUCGUAAACGCCCAACUGCUGAAGAAGCAUUAGCUGAUCCAUUUUUCUCAGGCUUCCAUGAUCUAAUAGAGGAACCAUUGGGAGAACCUGUGAUUGAUGAACAUCAAGAUGCUAACCAUAGUACGGCACAAUGGAAAUCUCUCAUCUGGUCAAUGAUUGAAAAUUUUCAACCACCGGAUUGGAUUGAUCAAGAUAUUGACGGUGAUAUGGAAUAA